GCCCAGAUAAAUGUCAACCUAGCAGAAUGCAGAAAUGUUUCGCUGCAAGUUGCAUCGGUUGGUAUAAAUAUCGAGUGCACUUGGCUAGGUACAAUCAGUUCACCGACUAGUGGUAGUAAGUGCACUGUUGCAAGAAGAAGUCCUGAGGAUUUAAUCGAUUCGAACAUGAAAACCGCCUUUACAGUCGUCGCGCUACUCGCUUUUGCCGUCGCGAUUCCGGUCCCCGAUAAGGAUGCUCAGACGCUGCGAUUCGAUAAUGCCCACAAUGGAAUUGAUGGCUAUAACUUUGCAGUGGAAACCAGCAAUGGCAUCAAGCAGGAGGAACAGGCCGAAUUAAGGAGCUUUGGGGAAGACAAUGCCGCCAUUGUAGUGCGUGGAUCUUACUCUUUCAUCGCCGACGAUGGUCAGGUUUACACCGUGAACUACAUCGCUGAUGAAAAUGGAUUCCAGCCGGAGGCACCCCAUCUGCCGAGGGUUUGAUGUGGUUCCAGUUUUAAGUGACGAGUUUAGGAGGUGGUUGUUACCGGUUGAGUCAACUAGAAAAAAUUAUUUUGCUGUGAAACCCAUCAAAGUUAGAUAAAAUAAAGUUAAUCAGUGAGACUUAA